AUGAGUCAGAAUUCCCUUGAUGGCCCCCAAUCAUAUGAAGGAACUUGGGAGAAGCUGUCGCAGGUCACUGUCAAGGGUGCAGAGUAUGACUCUCGUGAAUGCCAGCCCCAUCCGAAGUGUUUGCAAGGGACUCGAGUUACCCUUCUUGAUCAAAUCCACAGAUUACUAGACAGCCGAGAGCAGAAUCAGCUCAUUUGGUUGCAUGGCAUGGUAGGCAUUGGAAAGUCUGCUAUCGCAUUCAGUAUAGCUGAAAGGAUGAGAGUGCUGAGAGUGCAAGAGCAAGUGACCAGUGAAAAGUGGCUCCUAGGAUCAUUCUUUUUCUCCUGCAAGCAUGGGAAACACUGCACAAUGAGUUACUUUUUUGUGACACUUGCCUAUCAGCUUGCAAUCAAUUUUCUUAACAUUUGGGAGGAUGUGCACAAAGCUAUCUGUGACAAUCCUACACUUCUUGACCCUGACAAGUCUUUUCGUGGCCAGAUGGAGGAGCUUUUUCUUCAACCUCUCCGGAGGCUUUGUUACAGAUUGUGCCAGUGUUUGCCUUCAGUGUUUGUUGUUGAUGUCCUUGAUGAAUGCAUUGUGACCGAGGUUGCUGACCUUAUCUCCCUGCUCAGCCAAGCUCUUCGUGAACCUGGUCUGCCUGUCAUCCACAUUCUGUUCACGAGUCGCUUGGAAGAGCACAUCCAUAAAGCCAUCCAGAAUGAAGACAUGCAUGUACUGGUCUGUGAGAUACCAGUGAACACUUCUGGAACUGGUGUGGCUGCCACCAUCUCGGUGGACAAUGCAAAUGUUGACAAUGACAUUCAUAUCUACCUGGAACAUUCCUUCAGGCAGCUGUAA